GGAAGCCGCUACAAAGACGUUCAAGAUGCCGCACUUCGACAUCAGCAAGUUCGACGAUUACAACAAGUCGGACGCCUUGUCAUGGUGGCAACGCUUCCUCACAGAAGCAUCAUGCAGCAUGGUCCCGGCGGACGACAUGUUGAAGGCACUAUAUCUGCAGCUGAUUGGAGGAGCGCAGGGAUGGAUGAACCACCUAGCGGCUACACACAAGUGCACUAUCGCCGAACUCCACACGCACAUUACGUGGAAGGAGUUCGAGCAGCUAUGGUUCACCAGAUUCAUGGUCCGCAACGUCGUGAAGAUGGCCAUGAACGAGGUCUACACAUGCUCUCAAGGGAACAUGCCAACGCGAGACUGGGCAUCAAAAUGGCAGAAGAUAGUGACCACGCCAGGCUUCGACUUGACGUUCCCUAAUCAACGAUCCGAGUUCUUCUCGAGAUCGUGCGCAGGAUUGCGGUCCGCACUCGGCAACGAGUACGACUAUACUACGUUCCAGGCCAUUCUGGAUAGAACGAACUUAGUCAUCCAAACGGACGACAAGGUCGCUAACGAGAGGAAAUCCCAGCCGCAUUAUGUGGCUAAACAGGCCUAUCAACGUCCGGCACAUAACAAUGUCGUGUUUUCUGAGGAAAUCGACGACCACCACGCUGCGGCAGCAUCCUCGAGUGAUGGAGGAAUGGUCGUCGCGCUCCCGCCGAAGCGUCCGAAGAGAGUUCGCAAGAACAAGGCAACACAAGAGACAGCGGCGACGGGAGCUGGGCAGCAGCCAUGGACGGCUUAUAAGAUCACCAAGGAGGUCUAUGACCUUCAUCAAAAGUACGCAUACUGCCUAUGGUGCAACAGUGUAGUACACACUACCGCACAAUGCCCVRACAASRGCMARGCACGCGUACCCCGUCCAGCCAACUCGGGAAACUGAGUUACGCAAGGAGAGGGGCGACGUCUCUCCUCACUCCGCCGGACCCGGUUGCCUUGCUAGCAAUCG